AUGGCGGAUUCAAGUAAUAAGAGGAAGGAGAGGUCUGGGGGCGGUGGGGGUGGGGGUGGGAAACAGGGGGAUGCAAGGGAUGCGAGGGAUGCGAGGGAUGGGAACGGGGAUAAUAGAGGAGGGAAGAGAGCUAAGGGUGGCUCAAAUGGAAAAUGGCAAACUCCACAUCAGCAAACCAAAAUGGCUUCUAAAGGCGGUGGGAAAAUAGAACCUGGGGACCAAGGAAUCUGGGCAACUUGCGUGAAGGGCAAAGAAGGGAAAGCAACAGAAGAAUUGAGAAGUCUACUCGAGGAUUCUGCUGAAAAGUACUACGGUAUCUCCGUAAAGUCGAGUGACAAGAACGAUAACGGAGAAGAUGAAGAUGCUACCGAAUCAGUUGAUGAUAUCGAAGCAUCCAUUCGAAAAGAAGUUGCAGCGCAUAAAGAUCCCACGGAGAAGCUAUUCUCAGCUGUUUACCUAGACAUUCAAUGCGUGUUAUUUUUCAAAACUCGAUCACCAAUAGAUCCGACUGAUCUCGUCCACAGGAUGUGUGAAGAUGCAGUAGCGGGCGGGAUAAGGAAACUAAGGUUUGUGAAUCGUCUAACACCAAUGUCAAUGAUCGGGAAAGCAACAGAAAAAGGCAUUGAAGAAGUCGGACAGACCGUACUAGGUGCUCAUUUCCGACUCGCUGGAGAAGCCGCAAAAUCGGAAGAGGCUGCUGCAUAUUCGUAUGCCAUUCGACCAACGAUUCGCAAUCACAGCGCAUUGAAGCGGGAUACCGUGAUCAAACAGGUCGCAUCUCUCGUGGAUGACGAUCAUAAAGUAAACCUCACUAAGCCAGACAAAGUAAUCAUAAUCGAAAUCUACCAGACUAUCUGUGGAAUGAGCGUCGUUGGAGAUGACUGGGAAAAACUUAAGCGCUACAAUAUUUACGAGCUUCAGUCUCCUUCAACAAACACAAAAUCCGAAGGGUUAGCAGAUGCCAAAAUGAAAGUUACGCCCGAAGGCGUAACUACAGACGAGACUCGGGUACUACUCGACAAACCAAACGGCAGUUAA